GCGAAGGCUGCAGGCAGCGAGGCGCUGAAGGCUGGGACAAGUUUGCUCUGGUCGCUUCUGAAUGUGGAUCAUUCGGUCAGUCCGUCCUGUGCUGAUAUGCCUGGAGUUACGAUAACAGCACCUGUGGUAUUCAAGAAUCCAGUGCAACUAGAAAACAGACCGGUCCUGUCAAAUUCUGCAUAGAACAUGAAAGUGAAACGCACCUAAAAGCCACAGGCUGAUUUUUAUCCUAUACUAUUUUUUUUUUUUGCCUCUUUUGCACGACUUGAUUUGCACUUCCAAAAUGAUCAAAAGUGAACCCAAAAGUGACCGAGUCCUAAGGAGUGCCUCUCCUCACAGAAACGCGUACAAAUCUGACUUCCAUUCCAUCAAAUGCUCCUUCGAAGGACCUUCUAUUGUUUACUCCUACGGAGGCAGCGAGGGUCGAGGGAGACCCUCAGGUACCCGGGUGAAUGAAAUCAAGAACAUCUUCCUUCAAAUGGAUUCCCAGCAACCGCAGGACGGUGCAAACCAGACCAAACCCGGACCGGUUAAACCGCAACGAAGCACCACGUCGUACAGAUCUAGCAUGGGAAGUGCGUCCAGCGUGGAAUCGGGCACCUCGGAAGUGGUAAGGAAAUCGGAGGACAUCUCGUUUAAUAAAGUUGCACUGGCUGAGAAGUUCUCGGAGACCAGAAAGCUCUUUGAGAGUGGACUACCGACAGACAGAAAUGUACCCGGAAGAUCUCUCAGCAGAUCGUCUUCGCGUAGUGUUUCGGAGGAAGGCAGGUGUGUAAAGAAGCUAACCGAAAAGACUGACCACAUUCAGGAAACAGGAAAACAACCAAAGGUAGACAAGGACAGAGGAACAACUGAUCGUGAAAAGCCACAACACAAGCCUGCGGUGAUGAUGAAAAAUGCAGGACCCAUAUCCAGGAGACUGGAGAGCUUCAUGUUAGACAGUGACAGCGAGUCCUUGUCCGGACCGUCUAUUUCAACCCGUUCACAGAGUCCAAGUAGUCAUUCCCAACCACCGUCGUCCCCAAACAGUGAGCAUUCAGACCCUCCACUAUCACCAGAUAGUGACAGUUCUCCGACAUCCUACUCUGUUUGGCCUGAAAGCCCUACUUGCCAGGAAGAUCCUAACAUAUCACAAACAGAGUCCCAGUGUUCUCCCAUGCCAGUGAAUGGAGUCUGUGCAGAAGAAAGUCCUGAUUGGAGUAACCAAAGCACCAACACCACAUUGGACAACACUAAUGGAACUUCAGUUUCUGUUGUCUCAACUGAACCGACUGUCCUUUUUAAAAGUGAGAAGCGCCAUCGUUUGUCUCUAAGCAGUGGUUCGGUCAGUUCUUCAGUAGAUGGGAAUGAAUCUUUGGAACUGAACGUCUCCAAAGGGAAGCAAAACAAGGAGAAGUUUAGUAGCCCGGGUCUUUCAACAGUUCGAGCUGAGUUAGUGGUGGUCCAUAAUGAAUCAUCAGAGGGUGAGAGCAAUGAGGAAGACCGCAAUGCAGAUGAUGUUUUUGAGGAAGUCAUUAAUGAGCAAACUACCACAAAGUUUCCUUCAGACAAGAAGCUCGCAGAAAGCAAGGAGGUCCAAAUGAUAUAUCAUGAAGAUGAAUCAGGGAGGGACUCUAGGGUAGGGGAGGAGAAAAAGAAGGAGGGGGUGGACAAAACAAUGACUGUAGGAGACCAAGAUAAGGAAAUGCAGGAAAAAUUGCUUGAGGGUAAAAGUAUGCAUAAAGAGGGGCAGAAGGAGGAAAAUGAGUAUGAGAAGGAGGAAAAUGAGUAUGAGAAGGAGGAAAAUGGGUAUGAGAAGGUGAAAGCAGUACAGGACAUGGGAAAGCAAGUUCCAGAGGAACUAUGUCAGCACAGUGAGAUGAAAGCUGAAAAGAAAUUGAUGGAAGAAGUAGAAAGCACCAUACAGAAAAAUCAGAGGGAGACCGAGAAGAAUGGGGGAGAUGAGAAUGACGUGGCUUUAGAGGAGGAGGACGAUGAACAUGAUGUUGAAGACGGGACUGUGGAAGAACGGCAACAGCAAGUGAAUGAGGACUCUGCUGGGAAGAGACCUUUGAUAUGUGGUAUUGAGAAUGCUGCUUUUGUGGAUGAUCGGGAAAGUAAGUUGGACUAUCAGCAAAAUGGACAGGACAGUGAGGCAGACCAUGACCAGUUGCAGAAAUAUGAGGAGGUUUCAGGGCUGUCCGAUGAAGAAGAGCUUAGCCCAAGGAGGAAGAUCAGAUUCUCCACUGCUCCUAUCAAGGUGUUCAGUACAUAUUCCAACGAUGAGUACGAUCGUAGGAACGAAGAGGUCGACCCCGUAUCCGCGUCAGCCGAGUACGAGCUGGAGAAGAGGGUGGAGAAAAUGGACGUCUUCCCUGUGGAAAUUCAGAAAGAAGAUGAAGGUCUGGGGAUCAGUAUUAUAGGAAUGGGGGUCGGAGCCGAUCAAGGUCUGGAGAAACUCGGCAUCUUCGUCAAAACCAUUACGGAGAAAGGAGCGGCUCAGCGCGAUGGCCGUAUUCGAGUCAACGAUCAGAUCGUGGAAGUGGAUGGGAUCAGCCUGGUAGGAGUCACCCAGCUGUUUGCUGCCACUGUCCUCAAGAACACCAGAGGACUUGUAAAGUUUCUGAUUGGCCGAGAAAAGCCAGGGGUUGAGAGUGAAGUGGCUCGAUUGAUCAGUGAAACUCUGGAGCAAGAAAAGAGCCCGCAAAAUCAGGUCCAAGAUGAUGACACUACCGAGCAGGAAGAAGAGGAUGAAGAAAAUGUUGUCCAACCUCAAGAAGAGCAAACAGCUGACCUCCUGCAGCGACACGAUGAGGGCGAGCAAGACUGCCAGCUACUAGUAGAAGAACAGAGCAAGAACGCCAUGGAGGAGAAUAGCCCGACUCGAGUAGAAGAGAAGGAGGAUGACAGAGAAGAAGACAUGACUCUUGAUUUGACUCAGGAGGUGUUUGCACACUUGAAGAAUCAAGGCGUUAUUAUUCCAGAGGACACAAAUUACACCGAGCUGGACCAAACUUUUAAAGAGCUCCAAAUGAAGCACAGCACAACUCUAACAGAGCUGAAGCAGAUGAAAGAAAAGCUUCGAGCGUGUGAAGCCGACCGCUUAGCCUGGGAGGCUCGAGGUGCGUCUUUGGAGAAAAGCGUGAACGAGAGCAGAGAGAGAAUAGAGAAGUUGGAGAAACACUGGCUCGAUGCUCAGGCUCUCUGCAAGACCAUCAACCAGCGACUCAGCGAGGCCCAGAGCCAGCACGAAUCACUGCAGGUCAAGUACGACAAAACCAACAUGCUGCUACAAGAGCACAAGGACCGGGAGGCUGAGUUUAUGAAAAGAGAGGAUGAUCUAAAGAGACGGCUAGAGGACAGAGAGAGGGAAUAUAAGAAGACUCUGGGAAAGCUUCAUGAACAGAUUGCUGUUUUGGAAGGUCGAGCGAGUUCGGAUCAGCCUGAGGAGUCGUGCAGUCCAGCAGUAGAGAGCCAGCAGAGCAGCCCCACCUCAGGAUCCUCAGACAGGAAUGACCCAGCUUUAGACUACCUUGUCCAAGAUGCGGACUUGGGGGAGGCGGUACCCCGGACAGAUUGCUUAGACUGCAGCGCUUACAGAGCCAAAGCCAGGCUCGCACAGGGAGUCCAGCGCAAAAGGCCAUCUCGAAACAAACUCCGAGAGUCCGCCAAGAGCACACAGUCCACCAGUCAAUCACAGCAUGAAGAGAGUAUAAGCGAUAACAAUAAUGAAACUUACCAGAGACAAUCCUACUUGGAGAGCCUCUCUAUACCCGUACCUGUUGUGCAGCCAGGCAAUGAGCAGAAGACUGAGUUUCAGGCCAGAAUAAAGCCUGGAGCAGAACGGGGAGGUGAUCUGUCCAGCUCUCCCUCUCUUCAGGGGCUUAUGCCUCAUGGAGAAGGCAGCACCCGGUCUAGCUUAUCUCCUCCUAAAGACUCAUCUACACCGCACUCUCCCGCGUCCAGCCAAUCAUCCACUGGCCUGCUUCACAGUCUCCGUAACAAGAGGUACAAGAAGAAGGAGAGCAGCCAAAGCAGGAAGAGCAAAGAUGAGGAGAGUGACAGCUCAACAACAAGAACGUCCAAAAGAAGAUUUCCAGAUUUUGGUGGCUUGCGCAAAUCUGGUGGCAAAGGCCGCAAGCAAGAAAAGCAGACGCAGCGGGGUUCUGUAGGGAGCAGGAGCUCCAGAGAACUGGUGGACGAAUCUAGCGGAAACGCUUCUCCCUCUGACUCCGUGUCCUCCAUCCCAUCCUGCAUGCCUUUCUCCUGGUUCGGAGACCGGGAUAGAUCUAGAGGCAGGGAGCGAGAAAAGGAGCAGUCACUUUCUAGCUACAGUCUCCCCCACAGUCCUACGGAGGGACACACAGAGGACAAAACGGAACGAAGAAAUAAGAGCAACUUAUCCUGGCACUUUCGCCUCUCGCGCUCCUCAGAUUUGAGCUUCGAUUUGAACGCCAGCAGUCCUCGGUCUGCCCUGGCGUCUUUACUGAGUGACCCUCGUACUCGAGGACACUCCCAGAAGCGCUUCUUCUCCUCCUGCGAGACCCUUGAUGAUGAGCCUACUCCGGUCACAAGGCAGCACCUGUGGCAGAACCGCCCCCUUUCUGAAUGGACCAAUCAGCAGGUAUGUCACUGGUUGAUGGGCAUGAACAUGGACCAGUACAUAGCCGAGUUCACUGCCAAAGGCGUUGACGGCAAACGUCUGGCCGAUUUGGACAGCAGUAAACUUAAGGAGCUGGGGGUGACGAGUCAGAGAGAUCGAUCCAUCAUUAAGAGGAAGCUGAGGGACAUGAAGAAGGCACAGGAAAAGUCGGACAAGCAGAGGACGAAGAAGGAGAAAGAGGUCCGACUGAGCGGUGGUAGUAAACCUGGUAAUCUUGAAUCUGCCUGCUGAAUCUGAAUCGCCAGUACGCUUUACAACAUUUACUUCAGGGAAAAGCCCCCGAACAGGGAAACAAAGACUCAAAGACAAAGAUUCCCAUCUGGAUGUCAUAGAUGUUGUGUGUGUGUGUGUGUGUGUGCAUGUACUACAACUCUGGAUAUCAUGGGAAGAGGAACACACUCAAUUGGAAGUAAUGAGAUUCUCCUAGCACAUUCUCUUGGUUAGUAUGGUUAAGUAAAGACUUUUUUUUUUUUUUUUUUU